AUGGCCACAAGAGUGAAUCUAACGCCAGCUCAAAAACACCCGUCGGCUUCUGAGAAUACCCAUCACUAUGCUUUAAAACAAGUGGUCGGAAAAGGCGCAUAUGGCAUAGUAUACAGAGCUAUAAAUCGGCAGACUGGCAAACAGGUGGCUAUCAAAGUGAUAGAAUAUGACGAAGAGGAGGAAUUGAACGAACAUAUGCUAGAGAUAGACUUGCUUAAGAAUUUACGACACGAAAAUAUCGUGAAGUACCAUGGUUUCAUCCAAAAGUCGCACCAGCUGUUCAUUCUUCUCGAGUACUGCUCUCAGGGCUCGCUGCGAGAUUUGAUUAAAAGGGGUCCCGUGGACGAGAACGAGUGCAAGACAUACAUCAAGCAGACGCUGCAUGGCCUGCGAUAUUUGCACGAGCAAGGUGUUAUCCAUAGAGACAUCAAGGCUGCGAAUCUGCUGCUGGACGAUCAGAAUGUGGUCAAACUCGCAGAUUUCGGCGUUUCCACCAGAGUCAACAGCAUGGCUAUGACUUAUGCCGGAUCCCCCAAUUGGAUGGCGCCCGAGGUUAUGAUAGGCCAGGGGGCUUCAACGGUGAGUGACGUAUGGUCGCUAGGUGCCACCGUCGUGGAAAUUCUAACCGGCAAUCCACCUUUUCACAAUCUAGUCAACGAAGCCGCAUGCUAUGCGAUAGUUCAUGACGUUUACUUACCGCCAAAAUCACUUUCAUCAAAGUGUCGAAAGUUCAUACGCGCUUGCUUUCAGAAAAAUGUGUUUCAGAGAGCCACUGCUCAAGACCUGUUAAACAAUGAAUGGAUAAGUGAACCUCAGAAACCAGCCCUCGAGAAAUUUAAGGAAGAGGAAGUUGAUUUAGAAGACUGGCGACAUGACUUUAUAGAGGUUGAAGUCUCUCCAUUCAAAGAACAUGACGUGAGCGGCGGGAAACAAAGUUUGAAUCGUCUGAGACAACCUGGCGGUCAUUGCAAUCCAUAUUUGAUUUUCAAUGAAUGCGAUUUGACCAGCAUUGUGUCUUGCUUAAUCGACCUGUGCAGGCGCGGUCAAUUAAAGAAUGUAGAAGACGUGUUGGCAUACGAUUCUCAGUACAAGGCUGACGAAUGCAAGCAAAUGUUCAUAGCUCUCGGCGGCUUACCAGCGCUACUAUGCCAUGUUGGACCUGCUGAAAAAAUUCUGUCACAGUUCUUCUUAGGCACUGUCAAUGAGCUAAUAAAAUGCGGUAUUUUACCACUAUGUGGAGCUUUCACAGACUUCAAUUUGAUACUUACUAUAGUGUCCUCUUACGGAGAGCUUGUAGAUUUCAAGAGUUGGUGCAAAUGGUGCUCCAACUUAGCAAACAUAGAUGAGUCGCUAAUUAGGGGCCUUGAAUUUGACAAUAAGUUAGCACACGACAUCUUACUUAGCCUCUCAGAAUCAGAACUUUUUCCAAUACGUGAGGAAUUGAUUGCCAGGCUCAUGGCUUUACCUUUAAGGGAGAACAAUCGUUUAAGUUACACAGUAUUCAAAAGUCUCAACAACUAUUUGGAGAGAAAAGGUGUGGCAGACACAUCUUCGGACUAUAGCGAGACAGAAGCUUCUUCAAGUUCUCAAUUUACACCGCUGCCACUUAAUCUUCAGUUUCCUAAUAUCCCCGUCUACCCAGAACGAACAAGCCUGCCGGAGGGAUUUGUUGAUUGGCUUCUCAAGCUCACUCCCACUGCAUCAAGCGACCCUCAUUUGAUCAAGAAUUUUAUCGAGCUUUGCUUCAAUUCUAGCCAUCUUAACCGCACAGUGCUGGGAGAAAUUCUAGAGCAUGGUGGAUUUUUACAGCUAACGCAACAACUCACAAAACAAUCUGUAAAGGACUCUCGGACGAAAUAUACAAAAUCAAUGCUCUCGAUUGCAUUAAACCUAUGCCUCGAGCUUUCACAGGAACUUAUUCUGAUUUAUCUACCGCCCAUGGUUGAUGUUGCACUAAGAUAUCUUGAAAUUCCCGAUUUCAUCACAGGAGGUACGGAAAUACUUUUGAAUUGUUUCCUCGUCGCAACGAGGGAGAACUGCGCAAUCACCGAGGACUCGUCAAACAUACUAAUACAUUGCAAUUCGGAGGAAAUACUGAUUCCCCGACUAGCCCUGCUACAAACUUUCUACUCGGAAGAACCUAAAUUUGGCAAUUACAUCACUAAAUUUUCUCGACUCUGCUCCUUACCGCCAUGCAAAUCCUUGGCUUGUGAGAUUGUCUCCCACCCACAAUUUAUGAAGAAGACGCAAGCACUGUUCGAUGUCUACCGCAGCAGUUUAAUCAUUCAGAUCGAUUUUUUGAAAUUCUUAAAAUUGAUUCUAACCCGCUACGCGGAAUUCACACCUCGUCCAACAAGACGAGACAUUCCUACUGAUGUGUUAAUAUCUUCGGCGCUGAAGCAGCGUGUCGCGGUACAGCCCUCUGGUACUCUUUCCUGUGUUAUUGAUUUUCUACGCUCGAAUUGGCUACCUGACAAGUUACGCCCAAACCAAGUUGGUGCUGAUUCUGUUUUGAUAAAACAACUUUGUCAUGACAUUGAACUCCUACAGAAUGCCCGAGUAAGUUCGAAACCCAAGCGAUUGGUCGGAAACGGGUUCAUGGUUCCAGGUCCCGUGCAAUCUUGA